AUGGCAUCGGGAGAAGCGGUGGUCGGGACGGAGCACGCCGAGGAGCGCGUGGACGAGCGCACGGAGGAGCAGAUUCUUCAGGAGGAGGAGGAGAAGGCAAAGCAUGAGGCAGAGAUGGCCGAGGAAGCCGCUAAAGAGGAGGAGCGCCGCAAAAACAAUGCGUCGGCGGCUGCGCUCACGCUCGAGAUUGUCGGCGAUCUGCCGCAUGCCGACGUCAAGCCGCCGGAAAACAUCUUGUUUGUGUGCAAGCUGAAUCCGGUGACGCGCAGCGAUGACCUCGAGCUGAUAUUCUCGCGGUUUGGCAAAAUUUGCUCGUGUGAGGUGAUCCGCGACAAAAAGACCGGCGACAGUCUUCAGUAUGCGUUUAUCGAAUUCGAGGAACGCGAGGCCGCGGAAAAGGCCUACUCAAAGAUGCAAAAUGUACUCAUUGACGACCGGCGCAUCUGGGUCGACUUUUCGCAAAGUGUGUCGAAGCUGCACAGCGUGUGGGUCAAAGGACCCGUGACGAGCGCCGUGACGAGCGCCGUGACGACCGACGGGCAUACCGCGACGACCGCGAUCGUCAUGACCGUCGGCCGCGUGAAUCUCAUGAUCGGUACGGCGAUCGUCAUGACCGGACACGAUCGGAUCGUGACCAUGACCGACAUCGCUCCGAUCGCACCGUUCGGACCGCUACGCAUCUGA